GCUGGUGAAGUGCUGGCGGCGCGAGGACAGGGACAGUGCUGCUCACUUCACAUCCUCUAUCAGACGACGUCGAAGCUGUUGUAGUCAGGACUGCCAGACGACAGACGGGGCCAGUGGUUGCUGCAGUUACCAGUCAUUGCCGAGAUCGUCGAGCCCCUGACUGUGUGGUUGUGACCAUGAGGGGACUUAUAAUCACAGUCACUGGUGUGGUGGUGUUUGUGCUGACUGUCUGCUCGCCUGCCUCAUCGGACUGUAAGGACACGUGGCCAGCUUCCUCUUGUUGGCAGUUCCUUUACAAGUGUGAUCAACCAGUGCAGCAACAAACGUGCCAGAAGUCUUGUGGAAUAUGUGGCAGUUGCAAGGACGUAUGGGGAGCUGGGAUAAUGUUCUUAGAUGUAAUGAAGAUUACUACCAAACAAACUGCAGGAAAACUUGUGGAGUGUGUGAUGGGUGUGCAGACAUCCACGCUGAUUGUAGUUCACGCAAAACACAAUGUGAAGAAACCUGGGUACUUGUUGGCUGCAGGAAGACCUGUGGGGCCUGUCACAUCCAAGAUACAGGAGGACGUGAGAGUGAUGACACCAUGACAACAACAACCUCGACAACUGCUGAGAGAACAAAUCCAAUGGGUAACAAAGACAACCAGAACCAAAUCGGAAAUUGGGGAGAGUGGGAACCCUGGGAUGUGUGCAGCGCCACCUGUGGAAAAGGCGUCACAACCCGACGGCGCACGUGCUCCCCUGUAGGAGCCAAGUGUCAGGGCGACAACACAGAGACUGAUGAAUGUCUCCUUACACCCUGCUGUGUUCCCCGUAAUGGCAUGUGGGGCGACUGGAGCGACUGGUCGACUUGUUCUUCUUCUUGCGGUGGUGGAUCUCAUACAAGGUCAAGGAUCUGUACUGGAACCAACUCAUGUGGACAAUAUUGUCAAGGGAAAAGCAAUGAAUCCACAGCCUGUAAUGUUCAGGCGUGUCUGAGACCACCCGCUGUUCCUUCCAUCACCACAAACCCACAAACCUCACCAUUCAGUGCCGGUGUCACGGUGACCUUAACCUGCAGCAGCCCUGACCUGGGAUCUCCACCAGCGACACUAACGUGGGACACUGCGAGAGAAGGAAUGAGGACCACUCGAGUGAAUGAUCAAAGAAUACAGUUACAGCUUUUGAACUUGUCAGUUGAAGACGAUGAACGCAGUGUGAAAUGUCUGGCCAGCAACACGGUCUCACUUAAUGAAACAUCAUUCGUACUUCGUGUUGAUAAAAACGCAUCAUAUGGAGAAUGCCGUGCGUCGGUCAGUAGCUCCACCUGGGAGGUGACGGGUUACUGUGACAUUAUUCAAGUAUUUUCAAGUAACAAUCAGUAUGACUGUCAAUGGUACGAAAUAAAAGGAAGUAAUACAAACAAUAUCCCGAGUUCCUUCAAUCUGUCUCUAAUCACACCUGGAGGGAAACUACAGAGGGGAAAGUGUGGUUUCCAGACAAAGAUUCCUCGAGACUUUCCUCAAGGGCGUGAAUUAAGCAGAGAACUUAAAUAUCAAAUGUACUUUAACCCUGGAGGUACAUGGAGUCCCAUUGUCAAUGUUACUGUAGUGUUUCCAGUCGAGUGCUCAGACAACCUAACGGACUGUCCACGUCUCGCCACGCGCUGUGCCGACAGUUUUGUACAAGAGUUUUGUAGGAAGACCUGUUCACGAUGUCAUGUACACAGGGAUUCCUCUGAUGCUGCAAGUAUGGCAACAAUGUUUUCUCUUUUAUACCUCACUGACUUUUGUACUCUCUCUCUCCCUUUGUCUUUCUCUCUUGCCGAAUCCUCUUCUUUUCGGUCUCUUCUGUUUUCUUUGUUCAUACUGUGUUUGUCCCUCUCUCUAUAUAUAUAUUUUUACCUUGAUAUUUUCUUUUCUUUGUCUUCUAUAUUAAUCAUUCCUGCUCUGUUCUUUCUAGCUAAUCUCGCUCAAGUCUAUUUCUAUUUCUUUCUGUCUCUCUCAAAAGGAAAGAAAGCUGAAUGACAGACAGAGAACAGACCAGAGAGGGAGAGUGAAAAUAAAUACUUAUAUAAGAACGAGUUAAAGCAUACGCAUUUGGAUUUGCUCGUUGGGAGGGGGCUAUGAAGAGAUAUACGCACCUAGUUGGGAGAAAAUCAAGAAGAGAAUAAAGAGAUAUUAAUGGGUAGCGCAGUCAAAGUUCGGUAGAGAGGCGUUAUUCUGUUGGCAGACGACACAUUGACAUGGAGUGGACAUUAAUGAGUGAAUGGAGGAGGAGUUCGGGGAAAUCAGUAGCAUUAAAAGAGGUAUAUUGCAGUGUUAGAAUUGUUACACAGGUUCAAUUUUAAGUUUAAAUGUCAGGGAGUUCAUUGAGUGCAGUCAUACUUUAUUCUCCUUAUGAUGUGCAAUCAAUGUUGCAAAUGGCGACUGGAAGAAUGUAUCUGCUAAGAUUUGUUAGCUUGUGUGACUCUUUGGACUUGGUAAUGAUGGUAACAUAUUUAAUCUACUUUGUGAGCCUCAACAUGAAUGUAUAAUAAAAAUGUACUAUCCGAGAACAUAUUUGAUCCUUGUUUAAUCGAAUGAAAUUUUAAGCCCUUUUUCUAAAUUUUGAAGUCGUAAUUAUUAUUUGAUAAAUAAAUCUAUGAUUGCUAGAAAAAAGCAACCUUAUUGAAAUACUUCCAAACAAAUAUUAUGUGUGUUGUCAUUUUUCUGGAAAUAAUCGUUAUCCGAUUACAAAUGCGACAUUUUGGGAUCAUGUGAAUUUCCUGCUGUGUCGGCGAUCGGUAUUGACGGUAUUCACAGUAUUCACAGUAUUCCCGGCAUUUAUAGUAUUCACGGUAUUCCCGGUAUUUACGGUAUUCACAGUAUUCCCGGUAUUUACGGUAUUCACAGUAUUCCCGGUAUUUAUAGUAUUCACGGUAUUCCCGGUAUUUAUAAUAUUCACGGUAUUCACGGUAUUACGCUCUUCGAUGUAAAUAUUUAUACUCCACGUGUGGUUUGUUAACACAAUAUGGCCGAUAUUGAAGACUUGCGUGUCAGCACUAUAUGGCCGAUACCACAAGCUGCUUGGAUUUUAUGCUAUCAACGUGAGUGACUUUAUUUUGUAGCAAAACAAUUUCUAUCAUAUGCGUUGAUAUAUAUAUAUUACUGGAUUAAACUUUUCUGGCUUGUGUUUAUAUUUGUAUUUGAAUACAAAAUAUUAUUAUUUGUAUUGAUGCUUUCAUUAUCAGAACACAUAAUGUUUAAAGAGCAUGUACUUGUAGAGAGAAACUCUACCAACUGAGCCUUAGGGUCUUAAAAUCUUGGAAUGUGGACCUGCUCCUUAUAUUUGUAACAGUAAGUGUGUAAACACAAUAUUUACGAUUAUCUUUCAAAAUAUUUAUAAUUAUCUUUAUUUACCAGUUACUUUUCUAAAUUUAUUUGACCUUUUAUAGCCCAAACUGUUCCUAUACAAACUAUGUCCGUUAUACUUACAGUCUAAAACAAAAAUCUUAAAGCAUAUUGAAAAAAUGUUUUUUAUAUUGGUUACAUACACUAGAUGGAGCUCUGUUCUCACAUGGGAACAAAAGUUUUAUUAUUUUAUACAACUGCUCUAAUGAUCAUUUUACUAAAAUGUGAUCUCAGUUGAAUGUUCCAGAGUUCAGCGGCUGUGUUACAGAUGUCACAGUGUAGAUGGAGAGAACUUUGCACUUUGAGCAGAUCAUAUGAGCAUUUUUCUUGCACAGCCUGCAUGUUCUUUGUUUUUCUGAUGAGAUUAGGUGAUGACUGUUACCAUCAAACCUCACAUCACUAACUGGCUUACUAGAUGGUUUAGAUGUUGAUGGUGCAUGAUGCUCUGAGUGCUGAAGUAAGUUACAAUGUGCACACGAAAUUCCAGAGGUAACUUUUGCCUUUAACUUCAACGUGAGCCAACAUGUUGAUGCUAUUGACAAACAGUGGCCACCACGACUUGUUUAAAAGAAGCACUGGACGAUAGUUGUCCAGUAGCCUGUCCAGUAGGUCUACCCCACCCAUGUGAACAUUAUAUAAGCCAAUGACCGCUGGCUGUGGAAUAAAACUGAAACUUUCCGGCAGAACUCCACCUUCUUGACUUUUCCAACAGUUUCAUACUAUUGGAGUUUGAAGCAACCACAACACAUUGGUUAUCGUGUCAUUUCACUGUAACUUCUGUCUUCUUUGUUCAUAUCCAUUAAUGAGCCCUGCUUCAGUCUAUUCUCACAAACAGUGAUAAAUGCUUUCGUGUCUUGCUCUUGAAUUGUCAGAAGCAGGUCAUAUGAGGGAAAGAAAUUGUCAAAAUAUUCCUCAUGUCAUAGUGGAGUGUGUUUGUAUGUCAGCAAAGACAUGACAAUGCGAUGAAUUAAUAAUAUAAAAAUAUGGGUUUCUUAAUGAACACAUUGGGCGUUAAUGGUUUAAUAAUAUUCACAAUAAGCUAUCACAUUAUUUAUAA